CGCCGCCCGUGCCGCUGUGCUGAGGUGCUCUCCUUGUCGGGUUCUUAGGAGAGUGGAGUAUAGGCCCCGGUAUGGAGCAACAACCCCCCACCCCGGGGCUUGGGGAAGAUGAAGAAACUGAAAUCACGGACUGGAAUUUACCGGCUGCUUUCAUGAAGAAGCGACACUUAGAGAAAAUCGAAGGAUGCAAGUCCCUGGCGCAGAGCUGGAGGAUGAAGGACCGGAUGAAGACCGUUAGUGUGGCUUUGGUGUUGUGCCUCAAUGUAGGAGUAGAUCCUCCAGAUGUAGUAAAAACUACCCCCUGUGCCCGACUGGAGUGCUGGAUUGAUCCUCUGGCCAUGGGUCCACAGAAAGCCCUGGAAACCAUUGGGGCAAACCUACAGAAGCAGUAUGAAAACUGGCAGCCCAGGGCCAGAUACAAGCAGAGUCUGGACCCUACAGUAGACGAGGUGAAGAAACUUUGCACUUCAUUGCGACGGAACGCCAAGGAGGAGCGAGUGUUGUUUCACUACAAUGGACAUGGGGUUCCUCGUCCCACAGUAAAUGGGGAGAUCUGGGUAUUCAAUAAGAAUUACACCCAGUAUAUCCCCCUCUCCAUAUAUGACCUGCAGACCUGGAUGGGGAGCCCCUCAAUCUUCGUUUAUGACUGCUCCAAUGCUGGACUCAUUGUGAAAUCUUUCAAGCAGUUUGCCCUGCAGAGGGAGCAGGAACUUGAGGUUGCUGCAAUAAAUCCCAGCCACCCUCUGGCACAGAUGCCUCUUCCACCCUCAAUGAAGAACUGCAUACAACUGGCAGCCUGUGAUGCCACUGAAUUGCUGCCAAUGAACCCUGACCUUCCUGCUGAUCUCUUCACUUCCUGCCUCACUACACCUAUUAAAAUAGCGCUUAGAUGGUUUUGUAUGCAAAAAAGUGUACGACUGGUGCCUGGCGUCACUUUAGACCUCAUAGAAAAGAUUCCUGGACGGUUGAAUGACAGAAGAACACCGCUUGGAGAACUGAAUUGGAUCUUUACUGCAAUCACUGACACUAUAGCAUGGAAUGUGCUUCCCAGAGACCUGUUCCAGAAACUGUUUCGUCAGGACUUAUUGGUUGCAAGCUUAUUUCGUAACUUCCUGUUGGCAGAGAGGAUUAUGAGGUCCUACAACUGCACCCCAGUGAGCAGCCCUCGACUACCUCCCACCUACAUGCACGCCAUGUGGCAGGCAUGGGAUCUAGCAGUUGACAUUUGCCUUUCUCAGUUGCCUACAAUCAUUGAAGAAGGCACAGCAUUCCGGCACAGCCCCUUUUUUGCUGAGCAGUUGACUGCAUUCCAAGUCUGGCUGACCAUGGGAGUGGAGAACAGAAAUCCCCCGGAACAGCUACCGAUUGUCCUGCAGGCCUGGCAAGAAGAGUUUCCAUUUAUCUUGACAGGAGUAAACAAGGAGGAGCUGGGAUGGUGGUGGAUUGGGAGCAAGACACUGGACUCCUCUUUGCAUCUGGAGAUGUUCGGAUUAUCCGGAUAUGGGACACGGAAAGAGAGAUGAAGGUGCAGGACAUUCCUACAGGUGCUGAUAGUUGUGUCACUAGUCUGUCAUGUGACUCUCAUCGCUCACUUAUUGUGGCUGGACUCGGGGAUGGCACGGUUCGUGUGUUUGAUCGCAGGAUGGCUGCGAAUGAAUGCCGUGUCAUGACUUACCGGGAGCACAAUGCCUGGGUGGUAAAGACUCAUCUUCAAAAGCAGUCAGAUGGAAAUAUCGUGAGUGUGAGUGUGAAUGGAGAUGUGAGAUUUUUUGACCCCAGGAUGCCUGAAUCUGUUAAUAUGCUACAGAUUGUAAAGGGUCUGACUGCUUUGGACAUCCACCCACAGGCCAACCUGUUUGCUUGUGGUUCCAUGAACCAACUUAUUGCUAUUUAUAAUGGUAAUGGGGAACUGAUCAGCAAUAUCAAAUACUACGAUGGAUUCAUGGGCCAACGGAUUGGAGCCAUCAGCUGUUUAGCCUUCCAUCCAUACUGGCCCCAUUUAGCCGUUGGCAGCAACGAUUAUUACAUGUCUAUUUACUCCGUGGAGAAACGAGUGAGAUAGCCAAUUAGACAAGACACUGGACUGGGUGUUAUGCUCGAUCUCUUUGUCUAAUAUUUAACUGAAUGACGAACCUGGAGAAUGGAAUGUGACUACUGCUGCUGAAGACUAGAAGAAACUACAUAAUGAAAUAAGGACAGGAUAAACUAUGGGUCCUUCUCGACCCUCUUCCUGCCUCUCUUCAUUCUGUUUAUUUUUUUAAAGAGGCUGGCAUAGAAUGCUUUGUACAUUUGGCAGCCAGUAUUUGGGUGGAGGACUAAAGUUUUUUUUUUAGCUGUAGAUUUGCAAAUAUUUGUUUGACCGCCCCUCCAUCAUUACCUCUCCUGCCUCUUUCACAGCUGCUCAUCAGUCCCUUCAGAAAACUCUUUGCAGGGGUUAUAGUAAUUAAUGUCAUAUAGAAGGUUAUCUCGUGUGGACUGAUCUGGGUUGUAUGCUUAUGUUAUGGACAACUAUAUGAGGCCUCUGCACAUCUGAUGCCUUCUCUGGGGCAAGGUCAUUUUCUGCAUAAGAUAAGUGCGAUCAGCCACAAGUGUGACUAUUAACAGAUCAACUGCUGCUUGGAACAUUUAUGGAAGAUUUCUGACAUGUCCAGAUCAUAUCAGCAGGAUAUCUGCAGCUAUCCGCUCCAGAGUCCCUCAUUUUACCUUUAUAAUCUCCCCCAGAAAUAUGCUUCUUCCCACAUAUUAAGAUGGGCAUGGAUGCAGGAGCAAAUUCUAGUUACCAGGUGAUGACCACGUUUGCCAGUCAGUAGAAAUAAUGCAUAUGUACAUUUUUUUUUCCAUCUGAUAGGUUAUCCACUAGUUCCAUGACACAAAUGUCCUGCUACACCAGCUAUCUGUGCAACAAAUCAUGCAUUUCUCAACCCUUCUCUUUAUCCAAACCAAUGUUGCUAUCUUUUCAUUUUUACAUCAAGGGCCUUGUUCCAGAAUGGCUUCCCUAAUGUUAGAAUUGCUUAUUUAAAACUGCUAUUCUGACUUCUAGGGAUCUUAGAUUAGAAUAUAUCUGCAUAAGGAGACCACUGCACCCAGGGUGGCUCUGUGUCUGAGGUUUUAUAUUAAAUCCUUUUACUGCUGACUGGGUGCAGUAAGCUCUAUCAGGCGUCCUCUUAAUGACUGCUUUCCCCUAAUUUACUGUACCGUACAAUGCUCUAAAUUGUUACCCUCCAUUUCAAUGCAAUGUAUUAUUGCCCUCUCCCAAUCUAUGAUGGGUAUUUCAAUGUCCUAUUUUAACUACUUAGAAAAGUUUGGUUUUAGAAGAAGGGAAAUUGAUUAUUUUCAGUAUUUCUUUCUGCUUUUUACUCAAUUCUUGUUAAUAGAUCUCAUAAAAAGGACCGCAGGGUUUAAAUAUGUUGCAAAUAAUAAGGAAAUCUUUGCUUGUCACCAGUGAUGGGGAAUUAAUUACAGUGGUGCCUCAAUUUUGAGUACCUUUCUUUACAACGCAAUCAUGAAUUGAACAGAAUUAAUUGCUCACCUAUUUAUUUUAACACAAUAACAAACCAAAAGUUCAGAAAAUGGCUGCUCUUGUGGAUACUAUGCACAAGAGCAUUAAUUAAAUAUUAAUAAACCCAGAAAAACAA